AUGCACCUUGAGCUCAUUUGUCUAUUGAUAGCAGUAUCCAUAUAUGCUGUCGUUCAAGCCCAGGCUUUUCAGCUAAACCAAGGCCAACAGACGCGGUUGGAUUCGCGGCGACAAGGACAGCUUAUGAUUUUCAAUCCUUUUGGCAAUCAGAAAAUGGAUCCUUUGCGAUUUCUGCCUAUAGUUCCAGGCCAGAAACGACGACCGGACCAAGCGGUGGUCAGUGGGAAUGUGGUGGAGCUGCCUCAACUUUGGCAGCCCUGCAGUUGUUCCGAGUACAUGUGCGCUUGCUGCGUAGGUCUAUCCUUGGGCGAGACUAUAAGCCAACGCGUGUGUGCAGUCCUCGAGUAUAUUUCCACCGAUAUCAGCCUUCAGCUGCGCAUCGAGCUCAAUCAACGUUCUGUUGCCAGUUUUAGGCUGUCGGCCAGGAAUCCGCCUGAUUAUUGUGUGCCGAUCCUCCUCCCAUUACCCUUCUUUAGUUGCCUGCGCGUCUACGACAUUCGCUCGUUUAGCGGCGGCAACAUUCAACUUUGCAUCUCAGUGGUAUUCAAAGUGUUCAUAAGUCAGCUCUUCGAGUACCACUUCGAUUGUGUCCGUUUCGGCCCGAAUGGAGUCUUCUUUGUUAGCGCCGAGCAGAACGAUGUGGAACUGGAUUCGGCAGAAGAUCUGGCGACGCCGCAUGCAGAGCAACUAUCUUCACCUUACUCAGUUGGAUUGGGUCAGAGCACUCCUGGCCAAGUAACGGCAUCUGAGCAACCACCCAACGACAAGCUAGCGGAUGAGGAUAGCACGGAUUUUUUUCGCUUAGGGUCACGAGCUGGUUGAAUACAUUUCUAAUAUUGCUUUAACUCUGUAUAUUGACAGCUGCAAUGUGGAAUAUGGUGGACAACUUUUAUUUCUGCUUUUAUUUGGCGCCUUUAUUGCACGUUUGGUUUAAAUCACAAUACAUUUUUCUAAUACUCUAUGGCCUGUGAACCUCCUAAUUGUUCUUCUGUUGUUGUUUUUACGAUUUGUUUUGUUGUUA